UAUCCAUUUAGCGAGAUGGUUGAACGGGAAAACGGCGAUGCCGAAAAAUCCUCGUCCGAUGAAGAGAUGGAAACCGAAGAUACAGAAACUAACAGAAUGGAAGCGGCUGCAUUGGCCCGGAAGAAACGCCUUUUGGAAAUGAAAUCUCGGAUGAAUGGAAUAGAGAUGAAAGAAGAGGACUAUAAAGAAGAGGAGGAAGCCACUAAGAAAAGCAAAGCAGAAGCGCCACAUUUCAGAAGUUAUCAGCCGGUUUCCGAGGAAAUAGGAAAAGUAGAGCAACCUGUACCAAAGCUUGACGUUGUAGAAGAAGUUAUUGCUUCGCAUCUGGAAGACACUAAAAACGUGAAACCGGUUGAAACUGUGGAUCUCUCCACCUUGGCUCCCAAAAAGGUUGAUUGGGAUUUGAAGAGAGAUAUCGAGAAAAAGCUGCAGAAAUUGGAACGAAGGACACAAAAAUGUAUUGCCGAGAUGAUCCGGCAACGAUUAGCUGAAGGCAAAGGCGACCUGGCCAGUACGGUGAACGCUGGCGUUUAACUGUACCUAUUUGGUCCUUGAUAUCUCAAUAGUUCGCUCUUUUGCUCGCUUUUCUCUUCCCCAUCAUUGUGAUGUAAAUUUGUGUCGUUUUUUUCUUAUUUCCAAAGAAGGAACGGAAACGAAUUAAUUUUGUGUUGAAGAAUGCAGAGGAUGUCAGUAUCAAAAGUUAGCGCAG